UUCCAGUGUGAAGCUUGGAGUAGCGGUGCCGGGAGCGGUGUGUUUCUGUCUUCUGAUUCGCUUUUCAUUUUCGUAAUUCGUGCCUCAUGGUGUUUUGUGUUGUGCUUUCAAUUCAAUUUCAUGAAUUUCAAGUUUCAUGUUGAAUAUUGAAUUCGUAUUUCGUUUGGACGGAAUCAAGAGACAGAGAGCCUGUUCAAACUUCAAAUAAAGUUGCAGUUCGCCGGUGUACGUAUCAAAUUGUUGACGAGUCCUCAGUACGAAUUUUCAUACGGUGAGACAACAGCAACCGAUAAUGGAUUCACAGAGAAGACAAUGUCUCCAAAAGGAAAUUCUAUCCGAGUUGAAACUGCGCGGAAAGAAAACCUGGGACAUAACACCUAAAACGCCCGAUGAAACGAAUUCCAGAAUUGAUUUCAAAUUGCCCUCUGCGCCUAGUUCGGUUAGAUCUCCAGCCAAUCUACGAGAACCUGUAAUUGAGAAGGAAAUCGUUGAGGAAGUUGAUAAGAUCAAUUUACCCGAAUAUGAAGCAAGCGAUAUCUUGCAAUUGGUGACUCACGAUCUAAAGACGGUUUUUGAAGCUUGCGAAAUACCAGUGAAUGAGUGGGACUUGUACGGCUCCUUCAAAAAUGGACUUCGUUGUCACGACAGCGACAUCGACUACUAUAAUGGAUCAUACGAAAAUCGUGCGAAUUGCGAACCCGCAAAAGUUGUAAAAAAAGUUUGGGAAGUUUUCAGAGAUGAUACCUACUUCGAAAGUAAACGUUAUUUCGAGAGGGCGCGAGUUCCGCUGGUCGAGUUGAUACACAAACGAACCGGAAAAGUAUGCAGUAUUACAUUCUCCGGCAAAAUGGGAGUGUAUGAUUCGUUGUUGGCGAAACGUUACUUGGGCCAGUAUCCGAAUUUGAAAGUUUUGACGUUGUUUCUGAAACACGUAUUAAAAAGCCACGAGUUGCACGGAACCGGUAAAUUAACCACUCAUGUGAUAUUUUGGUUGCUGGUCUUUUUCCUGCAACAAAAGAAGCUGCUACUGCCCGUCAAAGAUCUACGCCAAGCGGCUGUACAAGAAAAAAACUACGUACGAGAUUGGAAUUAUUCGGUUCCAGAUUGCUAUCCGAUUUGGCGGCAGGCCGAAUGUUCAUCGGAAGAAUCCAUCGUUUCUUUGUAUCGCGGUUUUUUGGAAUUUUAUAAAAAUUUCAAUUUCUUGAAGUACGUCAUCUCUCCAUAUUUCGGAUACGCCAUACCUAUCGAAAACAUCGAAACAUUGGAUAUACCAAGUGACGCGUAUAUUGGUCAAAAAUACCCAAACGUGAACGGCGAUGGAUUUCAUUUGUUUGCUAGAAGUUCCAUGAAUAUUCAAGAUGUGUCCACUCUUACUAUGAAUUUAGCCGCGAAUGUGUCGCUGAAAGCAGUGAACAAGUUCAGAGUCGUCUGCGAAAAUCUUCUUUAUGCUUUGCACGAAGGACAUCCUUUGAAAAUUUCUCCGGAAUCCGAAUUAAAAUCGACGAAGCUUCUUCCUAAGAGCAUCAAUCAAACGGCGGAAUUCGAGCUGGAUUUCAAAUCUUUGGAAUCGCGUAUCGGUGAUUUGAAGGAGUAUUUAAUCGCUGCUGUUAGCAACUUGAUGGUGACAGUUUUGGAAUUUCAAUGCGACAAAGUCAUGGCCCAUGAUGUUACUGUAGUUCAUCAUAAACAAGGCGAUCCUGUCCUGCGGAAAGUACCGGUCUUAUCCUUCGAUUAUAGUACGACGUAUGGUACUUUGAGCAACAAAUAUGUCUUAUAUAUGUUCGAAGAAAGUUCCUCUUGCUUGAGAGAGAAUUUCGGAGUUUUUUUCUUCUUCGAAAUUCGCAACGAUUUGGAACGCGUUAAAGUAUCGGUUGAAGGAGAUGGCAGAUUCGUCGAGUAUAUGCAGACCAAAGGAAAAGAGCUGCUCGUCGCUCAGAUUUCGUUAGACGGUUGUGUUAUUACUCAAGUAUAAUCCCCUCGAUGUUCAUUUUUUUUGUCAGUUUUUCGUAUUUCGGUUUAGUAUUUUAUUUUUAAACACGGCUGUUUACUUUUUAUCAGUUUAUCGUAUUUUGUUUGAGUAUUUUAGUUUUAAACGCGGCUGUUGAUUUUUUUUUAUAAGUAGGUACCUACUAUGUUUUUUGAAUAGAAUUUUUCAAAUUC